GCUCCAAAACGCCCUGGAAAUGAUUUUUCCGUACAGCAACAUGGCCGCGCCCUUGUCUCGUAGCGAAAAGAGAAAUUUCUUUCCUUUACCGUGAAAGUGGAGUCUCACAUGACCGCUGGUUAGAGGGGUGCUGCUUUCAUGAUGCAAGGCGGAGGCGUCGUGCAGUUUUUCUGACAAGGGAAGCGGACACUCACCUUUAAGAAUUGAAUGACUUCCUGACUUGGAGGAUGUGGACCUAGUGGCUAGAUUCAAAUAUGGAACAGGAGGUUGUGUGGAGGGGCUCAGGAAAAUAGGAGGAUUCAACUGAGAUUCCAGAAAUAAGAUCAUGUUUUAAUGCUCUUUUGCUCAAGUGACUGAAAAUUUUCAAUUAUCAACGCUGAAAUUAAAAGUUUAUAUUAAAACAUUAUGUUUUUCCUUAACGUAUCAUGAAUGUCAAAUUCUUUUGUGUGUAUGUGUUAAGUUUAUAUAUUUGCACAUGAAAUCUACCUGUGCAUAUGAAGUAUAUUUUUAUUGAUAUGUUGGACGUUUAAGAAGUUAAUCUGAAAAGUUGGGUUUUACAUCUAAACCCUCAUUUCCAGAGGUUUUUGUUUUUGCUUUUUGCUUUUCGAUUUUAAAAGAAGAGAAUGUCUGUGGUGCACCAGCUGUCACCAGGAUGGUUACUAGAUCAUCUUUCUUUCAUUAACAACAUAAACUAUCAACUUCACCAACAUCAUGAGCCUUGUUGCAGUAAAAAUGAGCCUACUUCAUCUGUUCACUUUGAUUCUCUUCAAAUGGAUUCUUUGACCUCUUUUGGAACCUCUGCUACAUUUAAUGCUUUUGACUCUGCCACUCAGCCAGAUAAUGAUGACAGAGGAAAUUGUGAAAUCUCUAUACAGAAAUAUGUUUUUCGAUCUGAGCUAUUUAAUGUCACCAAACCUUACAUAAUUUCAGCUGUUCACAAUGAAUGCCAACAGAGGAAUGAAAAGGAAUAUCCAGUGGAUGGUGUUAAAGAAGAAAACUGCCUUUCUAUUAUUGGGAAGAAGCGUAAAAGAUGUGUUGUUUUCAAUCAAGGUGAAUUGGAUGCAAUGGAAUACCAUACAAAGAUCAGGGGACUGAUUUUGGAUGGCUCUUCAGAGUUAAUCCAAGAAGGUUUCAAAAGUGGCUUUCUUCAUCCACUUUCUGAAAAAUGGGACAAGUGUAGUGAGCCUGUUACCUUACCACUUGAUACCUGCAAUUUGUCAGAAUUAUGUGCAAUGGCGAAGCAUUUGCCUUCUCUGAAUGAAACGGAACUUCAGGCAUUACAAUUGAUGGAAGAAGAUAUAUCUGUUACAGAACAGGAUUUAUUUUCACGGGUUGUUGAAAACAACUCUAGCUUUACAAAAAUGAUUACUUUAAUGGGGCAGAAAUACCUGGUGCCACCCAAAAGCAGUUUUCUUUUGUCUGACAUUUCUUGUAUGCAUCCACUUCUGAACUGUAGUAAAACAUAUGAUGUAAUUGUGAUAGAUCCACCAUGGCAGAACAAAUCAGUUAAAAGAAGUAAUAGGUACAGUUAUUUAUCACCACUGCAAAUAAAGCAGAUACCUAUUCCUAAACUGGCUGCUCCAAACUGUCUUGUUAUUACUUGGGUGACCAAUAGACAAAAGCACCUACGUUUUGUAAAGGAAGAACUUUAUCCUUCUUGGUCUGUUGAUAUAGUUGCUGAGUGGCAUUGGGUAAAAAUCACCAAUUCAGGAGAGUUUGUGUUCCCACUAGAUUCUCCACACAAAAAGCCUUAUGAAGGUCUUGUAUUGGGGAGAGUUCGAGAAAAAACUGUACCAUUAAGGAAUGCAGGUAUAAAAGUGCUUCCCAUUCCAGAUCACAAGUUAAUUGUCAGUGUACCCUGUACUCUUCACUCACAUAAGCCACCGCUUGCUGAGGUUCUAAAAGACUAUGUCAAGCCAGAUGGGGAGUGUUUGGAAUUGUUUGCUCGAAAUUUACAGCCAGGUUGGACUAGUUGGGGCAAUGAAGUUCUCAAAUUUCAACACUUGGAUUAUUUUGUUGCUCUGGAAUCUAAAAGCUGACUUUGAUCAUAAAGUUGUGAUUUUCUUCAGUUUUUCCUCACCUCUUUUUUCUUCAUUCGAACUGAAUUUUCCUUUUCUUACCAACUAGUAUGCUUAGAAAUGUAAACAGGACUUGAUUUUUCUGCAAAGGACCAGAAGUGACAAGUCUUUAUGUAGUUUUGAGAUGAAUUUACUUCAGUUGCACUAGUAUUCCCCAUUAUUCCAGAUUCACUGCAAAUAAAGAGGUAAGCAGUUAGAAAAAUUACAAGACUUUCUUAUUGAAAAAGUUUGGAAAGCAUACACUAUGGACCAGAUAUCAUAAUUCUGCUUAUGGAUGUGUUUUGUUUGGCACAUAUGGUGGUAUAAAAAAAAAAUUGAACCAUCAUUUGAAAAAGCAGGACAUUUCACAUAAAGUGUAGAUUUCUGCUUUUCUUUAAACAUCAGAAGCUCUGGCUGCAGUGUAGUCUCUAUUCUUUCUGGCAUCAGUAAGUAGGACCCAGUGGUAGCAGCAAAAUUGGGAAGGGACAUGGGCUUUGCAGUUUACCACAGUAACACUUGCUCUGUGCUACUCACUUAUAUUGUCUAGUUGGCCCUGUGUAACCCAAACUUAUGACCUCUGGCAUACUGUUCCAUUCUGGAAAAAAUAUGGAGAGACCUGCCAAGUACCUCAUCAUUGUACUGAGCUUAUGAAACAGUUUUGGAGGGUUUGACAUUGCAUUGAGAGUCACUAUUCAAGUACUUCUUGGUUUUGUUUGGUUUUCUAGAAGAUUUAAAAAAUAUAUUUCUUAUAAAAAUGUCAGAAGACAAACACUGCUUAUGAUUUAAAAGAUUUAUAUUAUUUAGUUUUCCACAAAUAUUUCUUUAAUAAGUAAAAUAUUUUUACUGAAAUGACCCUUGUUUGUAACUUUUUUAAAAAAUUGAGGUAUAAUUUCACAUAAAAUUCUCUAAUUUUUACUCUAGGGUUCAGUGAGUUUAGAAAACAGAUAUACAGUUAUCUGCUUACCACCGUAGUCAUGAUGUAGAACAUUUUCUUCACCUCCAAAACUCAUGUGUCCAAUUAUAGUCAGUCCCCUUCCUUCCACCCCUGGCCUUUGGUGAACAAUGAUUUGUUUUCUAUCAUUAGUUUUUUAGAAUUUCAUAUAAACAGAAUCAUAGAAUAUGUAACCUGUUGUGUCUGGCUUCUUUCACUUAGCAUUUUGACAAAAAUAUUUAUAUAAUUUACAGCUUUUCUAUGGAUAUUUAUCUGCUAAGUAAAAUGUUAGGUUGGAAUGAUAAUCUGACAGGGUCGCCAAUUUGUUUACUGAUUUUGCCAAAGAAAAAUGUUAUUUUCGAAGUUUGUUCAUUCUUUGAGUAUGUGAAUAUAGUAUUAUAGGCUUAAUUUUGUAUUUACAGAGAUAUUCUAACUUGUUAUUGAAAUAAAAAAAGUAU